CAUUUUCACUGUUGAGUAACUGCACGCUGCUACGUAUGCCUGCUGGAGACGGAGCGAGUGAAAGAAAGUGCUUCGCGUGAAUUUUUUACCCGAGCCGUGUCGUCUCCCUUCUCCUUCCUCUCCCGCUUGCUCGCUCGAUCUCUCUCCUGCUGCUGCUGCUGCUGCUGCCUGUGAGUGGGGGGAGGCCAGCCUGGGGAGGACACACAAUGGGCCGAAGAGCCUGUGGCAACUGGGCGGUUAUGCUGCUGAGAGGGGGAGGGGGAAGAGAGAAGACCGGCACACACAGCUAACACAGCCUGCCGGCUGCAGGCCUCUACAGCCUCUCCUCUCUCAGGCUGAAACCACUCGGCUCUGAGGCUGCUUUCUGGGGCCUUUUCUGGAAUAACUGACCUGGAUCAUGGACACAUAUUUGCUGGCCUAGAUGGAUUUUGGGGAAUAUAUCUGAUUUUGGAGCCUUGAGAACAGAUCCCUCUUGGGAUUUUGGACGAGAAAAAGAAAGGAAGGAGACCUAACUGCUCUCAGAUCAUAUUCAUUCUUUUUCUGUUUUGGUUUCUGUUAAAAGGAAGGCAUAAAUGGAUUACAAGAUGCAUGCCAAAUCGAAUGAUUUGCUGGAUUUUCAAAAACUGGAUGCCCUAUUGGAAAAAAUUGCACAUUAUUCAGUCUCUGUGAAAAGAGAGCCCAGCGAGGAGUGCAAUGGGAUCAGCGGUGCUCUCUCCGUGGAGUCCGCGCCGGGCUCGAGACUGAACUGGUGUCCCGCGACCGCCCCUGCCCCGGCCCCUGCUCCGAACCCCGCUCCGGCCCUGGCGCUAGCGCCCCACCACCUCGCCAGCAUGGGAGACGGCCUGGACGCAGCGCAGAUGUCGGGCCCCAGCAGCGGCAGCAGCCAGGGGCAGCCCUUCAGCCAGCAGCCCCCCAGCUCCCUCAACCCCCUGCCCCCUGCGCUCAUCAACCCCAACAGGCCCAAGCGCCAGACCAAUCAGCUGCAGUACCUGCUUAAGGUGGUGCUGAAGUCCUUGUGGAAGCACCAGUUCUCUUGGCCCUUCCAGGCGCCUGUGGAUGCAGUCAAGCUCAACCUGCCUGACUACUACAAGAUUAUCAAGUGUCCUAUGGACAUGGGAACAAUCAAGAAGCGACUUGAGACCAGUUACUACUGGAAUGCCCAAGAAUGUAUUCAAGACUUCAAUACCAUGUUUACCAACUGCUACAUAUACAACAAGCCUGGAGAUGACAUCGUCCUAAUGGCCGAGGCUCUGGAGAAGAUGUUUCUCCAGAAGAUCACCGAGAUGCCCCAGGAGGAGACUGAGAUCACGGUCAUGACGGGCAAGGGACGCGGCCGGGGCCGGCGAGAGGGAGGUUUGAACUUGAAACCAGGGCCCAUGUCCGACUCUCCGUCCACGACUCCCCAAACCCGUGGCCUGGCCAGCCUUUCCCCAGGGCCACAGACCAGAGGACCAGGGCAGGGCCCGCCUUCUCUACCUCCCCAGCCCACCAUGCAGGCCCUGCCCUCCCGCGUGCCCCCUACGCUACCACCUAGUCAUGCACCGCAGCUGGGAGCCCCCUACUCCCUGGGCCCGUCUGACUGCACUCCCCAAGCCCCCAUCAUGACCUCCGUGCCUCCCCCCACCCAGACCACCCUGCCCCCCCUGUUGAUCCAGAGCGCUGCCCCCAUCAUACAGAACCCCGUGCCCAUGCCUAAACAGAGAAAGAGCCAGAAGAGGAAAGCAGACACGACGACCCCCACGGCAAACGACCAGCUGAGCGAGUCGUCUCCCGCCGAGUCCAAGUCUGGCAAGACGUUGCCACGGCGAGAGAGCGCCCGGCCCAACAAGCUGAUAAAGAAGGAAGCGCCCGACUCCCAGCAUCACAUGGGCAUGAGCCUGGGCCUUGGGCUGGGGUUGGGGAUGGGCGCCGGGGCGGUGGGAGGCCACAGCCCCAAGCAGCAGGAGCAGCUGCGCUACUGUGCGGGCCUCGUGAGGGAGAUGCUCUCCAAGAAGCACACUGCGUACGCCUGGCCCUUCUAUAAGCCAGUGGACGUUCACGCGCUGGGACUACACGACUACCACGACAUCAUCAAACACCCCAUGGACCUAAGCACUAUCAAGGCCAAGCUGGAAAACAGGCAAUAUCGGGAGGCCCAGGAGUUUGCUUCCGAUGUACGGUUAAUGUUCUCCAACUGUUACAAGUAUAAUCCACCAGACCACGAGGUGGUAGCCAUGGCACGCAAGUUACAGGAUGUGUUUGAGAUGCGCUUCGCCAAGAUGCCGGACGAGCCUCAAGAAAUGUUGGCCUCCGCUCCAAUACCGGUCCUUCACCCCGCCCCCAUCAAGCCCCAGCCACCGAUGGGCCCCGCCUCCUCGUCCGACAGCUCCAGUGACUCGUCGUCCGAGUCGGAUUCCUUCACGGACGACUCGGAGGAGGAGAGGGCCCAGAGGCUGGCGGAGCUCCAGGAGCAGCUGAAGGCUGUCCACGAGCAGCUCGCCGCGCUCUCCCAGCCACAAGCCAGCAAACCAAAGAGGAAGGAGAAGGAGAAAAAGGAGAAGAAGAAAGACAAGCACAAAAAGAAAGGAGGCAUGCCGACUCUGGUGGACGAGAUCCAGGAGCCUCUGCCGGCGCUGCAGCUCCCUAAGAAGACCAAGAACCACAACAACAACAACAAGGAUCUCCUGCCCAAGAGGCCCAAGAGGCCCAGCAGUAAGAAGGAAGGGGUGAAGAACAACCGGUUGCUAGCCCCCCAGGCGGGGGGGCCCCCUACCCUGCAGCCCGUGCCUGGCCUGGAGCCCGAGGAGGACCUGGGGGAGUGCAAGCCCAUGUCCUACGAGGAGAAGCGUCAGCUCAGCCUGGACAUCAACAAGCUCCCCGGGGACAAGCUGGGCCGCGUGGUGCACAUCAUCCAGUCCCGGGAGCCCUCGCUGAAGAACUCGAACCCGGACGAGAUCGAGAUCGACUUUGAGACGCUCAAGCCCUCCACGCUCCGGGAGCUGGAGCGAUACGUGUCGUCCUGCCUCCGCAAGAAGAAGAAGGCUCCCGUGGUCGAGAAAACCAUGGAGGCCCUGACUGCCGCUAAAAAGCCGGGCUCGUCUUCGGACAGCAGCGACUCCAGCUCCUCCGACAGCGACGACUCUGAGAUAGGCAUGGUGCCCAAACUGAAGAAGAAAGCCCAGGCCACCAAGGAAGGGAAGAAGCCCCAUGUGAACACCAUGGGUGGGGGUCCUUUGGGCUCCCACCCCCAGGUCCCCAUGCUCCAGCCCAGCCUCCAGAUCAAGCAGCAGCAGCAGCCGCCGCCGCAGCAGCACCCUCCCGCUCCGGCCGCCUUCAUGCCCCCGCAGGUGACCGCUCUGGAGUCCUCCCAGAUCCUGGAGAACAGCUUCGACUCCCUGCCUCACUUCGGCCAGCCGCUCAUGCACCUGCCCCACCACGCCGGCAACUCCUCGUCGCCGGCCCCGCCUCACCUCAACGCCCAUUCCGCCGGAGGCCCCGUCUCCCCGGAAACCCACCCCUUCCUCAACCAGCACCCCAUCCUCACCUCCCCAGCCUUACACAACGCGCUACCCCAGCAGCCCUCUCGCCCCAGCAACAGAGCAGCACCUCUACCCCCCAAACCUCCCCAGCAAACAGGACCCCCGCAGGCCCAGCCAAGCGUGCAGCAGCAACAACAGCAACAACAACAACAACAGCAGCAGCAGCAACAUCAUCAACACCCCCAGCUCCAGGCCCAGCAGCCCCCCCCGCCCCAGCACCACCUCCCCGCCAACAUCCUCCACCCCUCCCAGCCCCUGCGCCAACGCCCUCUGUCCCCUCCCACGCUGACCCCCCAGAGCCUGCUGUCGUCCCAGCCCCCGCAGAUGCUGCUGGAGGACGACGAGGAGCCCGUGCCCUCCCUCCCCCUCAGCCAGGUCCAGCUGUACCUCCAGCAGCUCCAGCAGGGCCGCCAGGCCCAGCAGCCGGCCCAGCUCAUGCAGUCUCUCCAGGCCCGCCAGCAGCAGCAGCAGCAGCAGGCAGGCCAGGCCCCGCUCCUGCAGACUGUCCAGGUCCAGUCCCAGCUCUCCUCCCAGGCCUCCCUGCCUCCGCCGCCGCUGUCAGUCCAGACGCAGGCUCAGAGCGCCCCCUCCCACCAGCCCCAGCAGCCCCCACAGAUGCCCCCUCAUCAGUCCCGCCACAUGCUGCACACGCAGCAGCAGCAGAUGGGCUACGCCCAGGGCCCGGUCCAGACCGCUCAGCCACAGCCCGCUCAACACAAGGUGUCCAUGCCCCCCACGAAAGCACAGCCCGUCGCCCAGCAGCAGCAGCAACAGCAGCAUCCCUCCCCUCGCCAGCUCAAGCCUGACCCCUAUAACACGGGCCACCUGAGAGAGAACCCCUCCCCUCUCAUGAUGCAUUCCCCCCAGCUGCCCCAGUAUCCUCCUGUAGCUCACCCGUCUCCUCCUCACAACCUGCAGCCCAAGAAGCGAGCGCCUCCGGCCCACAGCGGGUUGAAGGAGGAUAAGCUGCCCCCGUCGCCAGUGAUGCGGGGAGAGCCCUUCAACCCUGCUAUGAGACCAGACCCUCACAAGCACCCGGACAACAAACCCACACUACCAGGUCACAGCCAGCAAAAUGUGAAGUCCAUGGACAGCUCCAGGCCUGUGAUCCGCUCCUCCGAGCACAGUGGGCCGCCCCCCUCCCUGCAGGACAAGGACAAGUUCAAGCAAGAGCCCAAGGCUCCCGCCGCCCCCAAAAAGGAUGUGAAGCUGAAGAACAUGGGCUCCUGGGCCAGCCUGGCGCAGAAGUCCACCUCGGCCCCCUCGUCGGCGGUCAAGUCGUCGAGCGACAGCUUCGAGCAGUUCCGCCGGGCCGCCCGGGAGAAGGAGGAGAGGGAGAAGGCCCUGAAGGCCCAGGCCGAGCAGGCGGAGAAGGAGCGACUCCGCCGAGAGCAGGAGAAGCUACGGGGGCGUGAUGAGGAGGAGGUUCUGGAGCCUCCCAGGAGGGUGCACGAGGAGCCUCGCCGACGGCUGGAGCAGCAGCAGCACGUCCAGGCCCCUCAGCAGCAGCAGCAGCCGCAGCAGCCGCAGGCGCCGCCCCAGAUCCAGCCCCAGCCCGCGGCUGUCCAACAGCCCCCCCAGGCCCCCACGCCGCCUCAGCCCUCAGCCCAGAGCGCCCUGGACCAGCAGAGGGAGCUAGCGCGUCGCAGGGAGCAGGAAAGGAGGAGGAGGGAAGCGAUGGCAGCAACCAUUGACAUGAAUUUCCAAAGUGACUUAAUGGCUAUCUUUGAGGAGAACCUGUUCUAAGGAGGGAGAGGAAGAGGAACCAACGGCAAAAAGGACACAAACUUGAGCCGUGGCGGACCUUUUAACGAUAGAGGGGAUUGAGAAGCUAUAGGAUAUGACGGUUCCUUCAGAGACUCGACGCGAGCAGCUGAACCAGCCUGGACUGUAGAGGGCUGGAGGACAGGGGGGGCUGCCGCUCUGAGACGGCCUCGGUGGGACGGGCGGACAUGGCUAACAGGGGGACGCUUACAUUGUGUCAGGGGUCAUUUCCAGGGGAUCUGACCCUGUUUGCCUGCGACCGAGAGGGGAAAAGGACUCCUGGCGUCCGGCUUGUGUCACACGUGGACACGAAAGGAGAAACUUAUCAUGUAAAUGAAAGGCAUCGAUACACAAUAAUGUAAUGCUCUGAUAAUGUGCUGAUGGUCUGCGCUGAACUGUUCAGAAACUGCCAGAUGUCCUUUUUUUUUGAGUUGGUUAAGAAUACUAGUCUUUUAUGUUGUAUGUUUUGUUUGUUAGAGCAGAACACAUGCAAGAAACUGGUGUGGUCAGGUGGGGGUAAACUUCCAUAUAUAUUGUGUAUUUUUCUCAGCAGAGAUUGUACAGCUUGCCUUACACCUUUUUCCUAUACUCACACACACACACACACACACACACACACACACACACACACACACACACACGUGUGUUGUUGGCUAUAUCACUUUCCCUUGCCUGAACAUAUGAACAAAUCAAUAACAGUUAGUCAGGAGGAGGAGACUUUGUUUAGGCAGACUUUCAUUAUGUAGGAUCUACUGUAAAAUAAGUAUUUUCUUAUACUACAAUUACUGUUCAUUCAUGUUUGAACCCCCUCAUCGAUACUCCCCCCACCGACGUCUAUGCCAAACAACCAUUACUUUAUGCUGAAUUCCUAGUCCUUAAAUGCUUCUUUUAACAUGUUUUUAAUAUAUUACGCCCCCCCCCCCCCUCUUCAAUUUCAGUCCUUCACAAAACGUGUAUUAGAAAAGGAUAAAUAUAAUAUAUGCAUUCAUUAUUCCAGCAAGUGUUUAUCCCAAACGGAACCAUUGACAUUUUAUUUUCUGCAUCUGCUUAUCUGAAUGGGGGGGGGGGGGGGGGGUAGAAUCUCAUCAGUAGAGAGGGAACAGUCCAGCGGUUUCUGAGUUUUGCUUUAAUAUGAUUUUUACAAUAAAUGUAUUACAUCUG